AUGAAUUCGUGUAAUGGAGAUGUUGUUCACCACCCUAGUGAUAAUGGAAACAAAAAGGUGUUUAAGAUCUUUGUAGGAUACGAUACACGUGAAGAUGUUGCUUACGAGGUUUGUAAACGCUCCAUCUUGAAACGAGCUUCAAUUCCAGUUGAAGUAAUUCCUAUGAAGCAAUCGGAACUAAGGAGCAGUGGAUUGUAUUGGCGCGAAAGAGGUCCAACUGAAAGCACAGAAUUCUCAUUCUCUCGUUUCUUAACACCGUAUCUCGCAAACUAUCAAGGAUGGGCGAUGUUUGUCGACUGUGAUUUUCUAUAUACUAGCGAUGUUAAAGAACUAACUGAGCUUAUCGAUGAUAGCUACGCGCUUAUGUGCGUCCAACAUGAUUAUACCCCAAAGGAGAGUACUAAAAUGGACGGAGCUGCUCAAACUGUGUACCCAAGAAAGAACUGGUCUUCAAUGGUUCUGUAUAAUUGUAGUCAUCCAAAAAAUAAGAUUUUGACGCCUGAACUAGUGAAUACCCAGACAGGUGCUUUUCUUCAUCGGUUCGCGUGGCUUGAGGAUAGUGAAAUUGGAUCGCUCCCAUUUAUUUGGAAUUUUCUCGUUGGUCAUAACAAGGUGGAUGACAAUGAUCCUUCCACACAACCGAAAGCUAUACGUUAUACUUCUGGUGGACCUUGGUUUGAUAUGUGGAAGAAUUGCGAGUUUGCGGAUCUUUGGUUGAGUGAAUUGGAAGCCCGUAACAAGGAAACAAGCCAAGUUUGA